CCUUUCCUUCUGCAUUUUCUUUCAGAUUAUAAAUACAAUAUUGAAACGUGCCAAUCUCAUAUAUUUCUUUCGCGUGCGAAGGCGUGAAGAGGCUACCUGUUGUAUCAUAACAUUACAAUAAUAAAUCAUGAGGUUACUGAUAAAUGAAGGACCGAUCGUGUGGAACGUCGACAUUCAUAUAGCGGUGAAGUGAAGCAGGUUGCAGGAGGGAGUUUCGAAUAUCCGUAUCGCUACGCAUCGGCGAUCGCGGCAGGCAAGAGGCAAAAGACUGGAUGGAUGGACGGGCCAGCCGUCACGAAGCGGUCCGACGUUCCCGUACCAAACGAGAUUAAUAGAGAUCCGCCUGUCAGCCGGACGCCUCUCCGUCUGAGCGAGAUCCAGCGGCAUCCAGACGGCCAGUCUUCUCGCAGAUCGCAACCUGCGUGGGCACCAACCGAUCGUGAUCGAUCGCACGGGUGCGUUUGUCUCUCUGGACUACCGCUUUGCAGGUCGAGUACGUGCGAGUCCAAGAGUAUUGCGUGUACCACGAAUCUUCUAGUCAUCCGAGCAUUACAUAGAGUAAUGAGAUACUAACUGCUGUGGCUAAUUGGGCACGAUUUAUAUACGGGAACGAUAGAUUUCGUGGCGGGACCGCUGUAGUUUUUCAAAUCGUUAGCCAAUCACGGUAAAUCGUACCGAUGCGAAUACAAAUCACAAGGGGUCGGUGGGCCGUAUUCGGUGGCUUCACCUUAGUUUGCCUCGCCAAUUUGCGAUUAGCAAUUGGUGACAAAAGUUCAGACGACGAGGACAGGGUACACGGGGAAGAAGUUAGGCAACAUGUAUGCUGCGCCAGACACGAGAAGACGAUCGACGUUGGAUAUGGAAUAUCGGGAGAAGUUAUCCAAAUCGAUGCAGGCCACUGUCGUAAACUGUGUCCGCGACACGUUUUGGACGAUCCUGGGGAUGCGAGCCGACCCGCCGUGCAGAAAUGCUUCCUGGAGUCGCAUUGCCGUCCAAGGGCCGCGAAACUAGAAAGAGUGUCCACGAUUCAAGGUGUUCGUAUUAUCGAAGUUAUAGAAGCUUGCGAGUGCACGCCGGAUACUUCCUGCAGACGAGAAUCCUUCACUCAUCUUGUACAUUCCGGUACUCCUCAUCAAGCGGUGAUGGACGUGGGUGUGUGCAUGGGUCACUGUGGUAAAGAUCUCGGAUGCAAGCCAGUAAGGAACGGUACGGUCAGCAUCAAAGGACCAAAUGGGGAUGAAGUGUACCAGGUGAUCGAGAAAUGUGGCUGUGCUGGAACCUGCCACAAAAUGGAUCACAUGGAGACCGUGUUAGAUUUCAGCGAAGUAGAGAUUAAGGACGGCACGAAUACGACGGAUGUUAGGCCGGUUGUCCGGCAAAUUAAUAUUGGACAGUGCGUCGGUACGUGUCCAGGAAACGAGACGGAAAUGUGCCUGUUACGAGACACAAAGGAACCGUCCAGAUGCUUGGCUGGGUUGUACACGAAGCAACAUACUUGCACACCGGCUAAAUUCAAAGUUCACGAGUACAGAACUCGUCGAGGAUCGAAGAGAGAAAUUAUUCAAAUCACUCAGUGUGCCUGUGUCUGAACGGGUCGGAGAGGUCCGUCGCCAAAUCGAACAGAUCAGUGGAACGGACCGCGGAGGAAUUUAAAGUAUUUUAUGCGUCGCGUAAACAUAAAGUACCAUUUCCAUGUUCCUACAUGCACCGUGUAUUGGUAUGACAAAUAAACGUACAAUGCCUUUUUAGAAAAUCUCAACGGCUACCUAAAACUGCUCCACGCUC